CAAAAAAAUAAAAAGGAAAAAUUCUGAAAAGCUCUCACUCGGUCUAGGAAGCUCUAGAACUUGAGAAGAGAAGCAGCUCUAUACUAUUAGUCCCUUGCAGGUCACAGCUCUCAGACUCAUUAACGCAAUCUAUCUAGCAGCUUCUAACUCUUUCCUUCUUAUUAGCAACUUCCUUUUUCUCCUACAUUUUGCUUUUCCGUAUCAGAAAUGGCGGAACCACAGUACACUGUGGCAUCUGAUAGUGAAACCACAGGAGAGGAGAAGUCUACAUCUGCUUUUCCUGAACUUGCAAUUGGAAUUGACAUUGGCACAUCACAGUGCAGUGUUGCAGUCUGGAAUGGCUCCCAGGUAGAGCUCCUUAAAAAUACUAGAAACCAAAAAUUAAUGCAAUCAUAUGUAUCUUUCAGGGAAGAUACUCCUUCAGGAGGAGUCAGUAACCAACUGUCCCAUGAGCAUGAAAUGUUAUCUGGAGCUGCAAUCUUCAAUGUGAAACGCCUGAUUGGUAGAGUUGACACUGAUCCGGUUGUUCAGGCAAGCAAAAACCUUCCAUUUUUGGUACAGACUUUGGAUAUUGGUGUCCGCCCAUUUAUUGCAUCAUUGGUAAACAAUGCUUGGAGAUCCACCACUCCUGAAGAAGUUCUUGCAAUAUUUCUGGUGGAAUUACGAGCGAUGGCUGAAGUUCAGUUGAAACGGCCUGUGAGAAAUGUUGUUCUUACCGUUCCAGUGUCAUUUAGUAGGUUUCAACUGACACGGAUUGAACGUGCUUGUGCCAUGGCUGGUCUUCAUGUCCUCAGGCUGAUGCCUGAGCCAACAGCUGUGGCAUUGUUAUAUGCACAGCAGCAGCAACAGACCGUGCAUGAGAACAUGGGAAGUGGAAGUGAGAAGAAUGCCCUAAUCUUCAAUAUGGGAGCUGGAUAUUGCGAUGUUGCUGUGAGUGCUACUGCUGGAGGGGUUUCACAGAUUAAAGCCUUAGCAGGAGCUCCUAUUGGAGGUGAAGACAUCCUGCAGAAUGUGAUGCAGCAUGUAAUGCCAAAUUCAGAAAGCCUUUUCUUGAGUCAUGGCAUCAGUGAGAUCAGAUUGAUGGGCCUGCUUCGAGUUGCAACCCAAGAUGCAAUCCACAGGCUUUCUUCCCAAAGCAGUGUUCAGGUUGAUGUGGAUUUGGGAAAUGAGAAAAAGUUAUGCAAGGUUAUCACACGUGAUGAAUUUGAGGAAGUGAACUCCAAGGUGUUUGAAAAGUGUGAGAAUCUCAUAAAGCAGUGUUUACGAGACUCAAAAGUAGACAUAGAGGAUUUGACUGAUGUAAUACUUGUUGGAGGAUGCUCAUACAUCCCAAAAAUAAGAAAUCUUGUCAAGGAUACAUGUAAAACCAAGGAACUCUACAAAGAAAUGAAUCCAUUGGAAGCUGCAGUCUGUGGGGCGGCUCUUGAAGGAGCAGUGGCUUCCGGAAUCAGUGAUCCUUUUGGAAAUUUGGAUCUAUUAACAAUCCAAGCUACCCCUUUGGGCAUUGGGAUACGAGCUGACGGAAACAGUUUUGUUCCUAUAAUACCUCAAAAUACCACAAUGCCUGCAAGGAAAGAGAUGUCCUUUACAACCACUCAUGAUAACCAAACGGGAGCACUAAUCCUUGUUUAUGAAGGCGUAGGAAAGACGGUAGGAGAAAAUCAUUUACUGGGCUAUUUCAAGAUUGUAGGGAUUCCUCCAGCACCCAAAGGAGUGCCAGAGAUAAAUGUGUGCAUGGACAUUGAUGCCUCAAAUGUGCUGAGAGUAUUUGCUGGAGUACUGAUGCCAGGGUCUGAACGUCCAGUGGCACCUUUUAUGGAAGUAAGGAUGCCUACUGUUGAUGAUGGACAUGGUUGGUGCGCUGAAGCCUUGCACAAGGCUUAUGGGUCUACCCUAGACCUAGUUACCGUGCACAAGAAGGUGUGAUUACCAUGAUAAUGAUCUGAUGACAAAAUUUAGGAAGAAGAGCGGCUUGUGAGAAUGACAUUAUGUUACAUAUUGGCAAAAUGUGAGGAAAUAAAACUUGUUCAUGUAACUUUAUAAUGUUCGUUUGUGUUGUAAUUUAAAUUAUCUUUCAAUCUAGUGGGUCGGAAGUUAGUUAUGAUAAGCUCUAUUUUUGUU